UACAAUUUAAAACAUAACCUAUAGUUAAAUGCCACGUAUUAUUUAUUUGUAAUCUAUGUAUGUAGAAUGUCUCCAACAUUUUUCUUUUCAUCGUGACAUUGGUUCAUGAUCAAAAUAAUAAUUAUAUCAUAGAACUUAUGAUUAUUCUAAUAUAUUAAUACAUAUAUAAGUACAAUGACUUCUACGAAACAGUUCAAACUUCUGUUUUGUGCUCUCGGCAUUUUUGUAUGUUAUUUUCAUUUUGGUAUGUUACAAGAAAAGAUCACACGGGGACAAUAUGGAGAUGAAAAAAAUAGUGAAAAAUUUACGUAUAUGUUUUCUUUAGUUUUCUUCCAAUGUUUAAUUAAUUAUUUAUUUGCCAAGACUAGUUUAUUAACAAUCAUGAAGCAGGACGAAGAUACUACUCCAAAAACUUAUUAUGCGCUUUCUGCCUUAACUUAUUUGCUUGCUAUGGUAUGUAGUAAUAUGGCAUUACAAUUUGUUAGUUAUCCAACACAAGUUAUUGGAAAAGCUGGCAAACCAAUUCCUGUAAUGAUACUUGGUGUAUUAUUAGGAAAUAAGGUUUAUCCAGUGAGAAAAUAUUUGUUUGUCUUCUUGGUAGUCAUCGGAGUAGCUUUGUUUAUGUAUAAAGAUGUCAAUCCAUUAAAAAAGCAUUCAGAGGGACAAACAAUCAUUGGAGAAUUAUUGUUAUUACUUUCAUUAACAAUGGAUGGUUUAACUAGUGCUGUACAAGAAAGAAUGAAAUCUGAACAUAAUUCUAAAUCUGGCCAUAUGAUGUUGAAUAUGAAUGGCUGGUCUGUAAUCUUUAGUGGCAUCGUCAUUAUAGCUUCAGGAGAACUUUUGGAAUUUGUUCAAUUCUUACACAAAUAUCCUUCUACUAUAUGGCACAUAGCUACUUUUUCUAUAGCAGGAGCAUUUGGACAAUAUUUUAUAUUUCUUACUGUUGCAGAAUUUGGUCCAUUACCAUGUUCCAUUAUAACUACAACUAGAAAAUUCUUUACAGUUUUAGGUUCAAUACUUAUUUUUGGUAAUAGUUUGACUUCUAAACAGUGGAUGGGCACAUUAAUAGUAUUUUCGGGAUUACUCUUAGAUUCUAUGUAUGGUAAAGAUAAAUCUCCUAGAAAAGAUACAACGAAGUAACAAAUGAAUACAAGCAUAUUAAUCAAAAGAUUCUAAUUUGUCAAAUAAUGAUCUUAUAUCAUAAUGUUUGUAUAUAUACUACAUGUUGCAUUAUGUUGAAUUAUAUUUUACGAACAUUAUAAAAAUAUUUUAAUUUUAUUUCGUUUGA